AUGGAGUCCCCUGUUGAUAAGAUGGCCGCCCUCAAAGCCCGGGUUGCUGCUGCUAUCGGGAGCAGCAAGGCAAAGGGCGGGUUGAACGUUGGGCUUCAUCCAGCCCUUGAGGAUCUUGGGACCUGGAAGCCUCCAGCAAAGUCCCAUCACACGACACAUGCUCCCAAACGCCUUCAUACAUCCAAAACUAAGAGCCUGAAGCUUGGCUCCGCCCAAGUUCCCACCCCCAACCCAUACUACAGUGACUACUCAGAGGUCCCGGCAUCGAAUUCCCGAGAACCAAGGCAACUAGUAUUCAAUCAGAAAGGAAAAUAUAUACAACAAGCAAAUGCUCUCCGUCGCCAGGCGGCUCUAGAAGCUAUGAAGAAGCGAAUCGCGGAACAAACACGAAAAGCGGUCGAGUGGUGGGACGAAGGCCUCGUCAAAAACGACAUGUAUCUUGACGAUGAUAUCACCCUGAGAGCAAACAGGGACAGGAUUCGCGCGGAUGACAGCAUUGUCACUGAGUUCAUUCAGCACCCGGUUAUCAUUGAGCCGGCACAGGACCGGAAUGUGCCGCCUCCAAAGCCCAUGUACCUUACGACAAAGGAGCAGAAAAAUGCGUCGCCAACGAAGAAUGGCGGAUUUGAAGGAAAGACAAGCAAAAGAAAGGCUGGGACUCAUCCCGGCACCACCUCCAAAAGUAAAAAGGCCAAUCUUAUGCGCGUCCUCGGAGAAGAAGCUGUCAAGGAUCCAACUGCUGUUGAGGCCAGAGUCAACCGGGAAAUUUCGGAUCGCAAGCAAAAGCAUCUUGAAAUAAACGAAGAACGAAAGUUAACUAAACAACAAAAGCAUGAAAAAAUCAAUGCAAACCAUGAAAAGGAUGCGGCAAAAGGGAUUCAUCUUGUGGUCUUCAAAAUUGGUAGUCUUGCAAAUGGCCAGCACCGAUUCAAAGUCAACAAAAACGCCGAACAGCUGGCAUUAACAGGCAUUUGUGUCAUGCAUCCGACGUUCAAUCUUCUUAUUGCGGAAGGUGGAGAGCACAGCAUUCGACAGUAUCGCAAAUUAGUCGUUAACCGCAUCGAUUGGACAGAGAAUUCACCCUCACGCCUAGCGUCAACCUUGGCGGGCACACCACGCCUGUGGCUCCAGGCAGAAGAUGAACAAGGUCUCCUUAAAGAUUUGUCCUCAAACAGCGCCCAUGUUGUUUUCGAAGGACAGGUCAAGGUACGCGCCUUCAGGAAAUGGGGAAGCAAGGUUUGCGAGACGGACGCAGAAGUAAGGGAAUUGCUCGCCCGCUACAAGAUGGAGAACUUUUGGACACUUGCGAAGGGGGACAGUUAUGAUGGGCCCCGGUAG